AUGACUGUCGAAACCCACGUCUUCCACGAUAUAGUCACGACAUGUGAUCAGGUUAAUUGGUGCUCGUACUCCAAAUGGAGCCCUUUUUUUAAAGAUUUCAUCCCUAAGUCAGUAACGCUCAGUCCAGUACCUCAGGCAUUCUUGGACUACUUAAAUAGUGAGAGCAUCCGCCUACCUCCUCCCAAAUAUGAGCAGCCAGUCUCUGCAAAUAGCGACAACGAGUAUAGUGACUGGGAAGAUGAGGAUAGUGCAAAUGAAAGUAAUCCUUGUGAAGAAUUCAAGGAUCUCCAUCAACAAAUCGAAAAAAUCGUUGACAAGUUCUCUGCGGUGAUGGUGAAGCUCAACUGGUCGGCACCAAAAGAUGCUAAAUGGAUUCUAAUAAAUAAUUCUUUGAGGUGUACAACUAGUGCAGAUGUGUACUUGGUGUUAAAUGCCUCGGAUCAUGCUGCUCACGACCUUGAUGGCCACAUUUACGAUGAAUGUGAAGACAAGAAGGAAGGAAACCAUUUGGAGCCCGAAUUGGUUUUGAAAAAAUGGAUUGCUGACUUUAACCCGGCACUUGAGUUCCGUGUAUUUGUUAAGAACAGAAGGAUAUUGGGUGUUUCUCAGAGAGAUGUCAACCACUAUGAGUUUCUUCAGGAACUCAAGUCAAAAUUUCAUCAAUUGAUUCAAGAUUUCCAGCAGACGACGCUUGCAAAAUCUGCAUUUCCUCUUAAUGACUAUAUUCUCGAUGUUUACAUUCCUCGGCCAUACAAAGACAUAACCAUCAUCGAUAUCAAUCCUUUCACCAGAAAAUGGGAUAGUCUUCUCUUUACGUGGCACGAGCUUCUUGAGAAGGAUAACAAUGGUGAGUUUGAAGUUCGUUUACUUACUGAAACCAACAUGGGCAGUUUGGCCAGAAGAGAACACAGUGAAAACCAGGUGCCUAUUGAGGUUGUAGAUGCACUGAUGAAUAGUGAGGCUAUGGUUGAGCUAGCCAAGAACUGGGAUCUGUUGAACGUCAAAGGAAGAUUGACCGAGGGAAUCACAUAUAACCCUUCGAACCAAACACUUUUAUGGGUGGACAUCAUAGGAGCCAAAGUGCAUCGGAUCUCCUUGAAAAAAGGCCUGGAUCAUGCCAAGAGUCAUGAGGUGCUCCAUUUUAAUGAAGAAGGAGAGUCAAUUGGUGCCAUCUGCCUCACUAAGGAGGAAAACAAGAUCUUGAUUUGCUCCAAGUACGGAGUAUGUGUUGGAGACUUCACCACCAAGAAAAUCAAGUACUUCUUCAAGUAUCCCCACACAGAGGAGCAGUCCAAGCGGUUGCGUUCCAAUGACGGGAUCAUCGACCCUUGGGGCAACUUGUGGAUUGGAGUCAUGACCGAUUUUCCAAUCACUGAAGCAGAGGGUGGAGUCACCCAAGAAGGUUACCUCUACCGGAUUGACGCCACCAACUUGACAGUGGAAGUAAUGGAGAAGUACUCGUUCAUUUCCAACGGGUUGGCAUUCAGUAACGACGGAAAGAAAUUCUACUGGACUGAUCUGUUGACCUUCACCGUGUGGCAAUACGACUACGACGUUGCCACGAACACCUUGUCCAAUAAGCAGCCCUUAGUCAAUAUGAAGAACGUGUUCCCAGACGAGAAGAGCCCCGAGCCAGAUGGAUUGAGCUUGGCAGGCGACGGCCACUUCUUCCACGCGGUGUUCAGCACAUCCACCGUAGUGGAGUACAACGAAAGCGGAGAGGUGCUUGGCAAGAUUAAGCUUCCAGCUCUGAGAUUGACGUGCACGGCACUUGGUGGGCCAGAGGAUGAUACCCUUUUCGUGACCUCUGCGCACGAGCACCUCCAGGAUAGCAGUUACAACUUUGAUGCGGACGACAAGUCUGGCGACUUGGGAGGGUUCAUUUUCGCCAUAAAGUUGGGACGCAAGGUACACAGCAAGCCCAAGAACGUGUGGAUUGGAGUGUUGCCAUAA